UAAUGAAAUCGACUACUUCUGUAGUUUUGCAGAUCAAUAGUAUAUUUCACUCGAGUAAAGCUAUCCGUUAGUAGCUUGCGACCAUGUUUGUUGUUCUACUCCAUCUGAUGUUCGUUUCGGUGGGUACGCUGUACGUGGAAGACAACGAUAAAUGCCUCGAAGGUUUAUACUUCAACAAAGAAUUGGGCAUCUGUGAUUAUUGCUUAAAAUGUCCGAAGGGAUACGAAGCAGAUCAGCCUUGUACUCAACACUUUACAAGUACUCAGUGCGUCACUUGUCCCGUUGGAUUUUACUCUGACGAAGACGAUAGCUAUCAACAAUGUCGUGAACAGAAGUCUUGCGCUGAUAAACACAGAACGCUGCAUGCAGUUGGAAAUUCUAUCACGGACAAUGUGUGCGGAGCCUGUCUUGCUGGGUACACUGAGAUCAGUGCGUUUGGAGACAAGCCAUUCUGCUGGGUGUGUGGGAGUGUGGACGACCCUCCCCCGGAGUGCCAGGGAUAUCUUGACGAAGACAAGUCAGAGGCGGGUGGAGCAGAGUCCUCGAGUAGUACUACUGCACUGCCGGAAGAGGGCGGCAAGGAAGACAAUGCAGACGCCAGAGAAGGCAAACCAUCGGACAAUAAUAAUGAGUUGGUGCUGAUUCUUCUUGUGGUGGUGUUUGGCUUCUUCCUCUUCCUCGCUCUCUUCGUUCUCAUCGCCCUCCUGAUCAUACGAGUGGCCAGAAGAGACCAAUCCCAAUCACUACUCACUGCACUCUGCUCUAUUCCAGAAACGGUCAAAAAAUCCAACCAAAGAACCAACGUAGCAGCAGAAGCCGAAGAUGAAAGAGUACAGCCUACUACGCAGAAGGACUCUAUUGUUCUUCCCGAAAUCAUCGUAGCCCAACAUCCAGGUCGCAACAUGUACAGUAGACAACUUUCGGACACUAUAGUGCAAUUGAAGCUGUUUGAGUUGAAGCCGAGUGAGAUGGUGUCCUCUGCUCAGGACACUUCGUCCAAUGAGGACCUUCUAGAACUGCUCUCAGCCAGGUCUCCCGAGGAGCAGGUCAAGUGGAAGGUUCAAAUGGUACACAAAAUAUACGCAGAUGCGCAGACAUGGUCUCUGGGACCGGAGACAAAACAGAAAGUGACUCGCUACUUACUCUCUCUAGAUAAAUCCUCACAAGUCCAACUUGGAAGAGCCUUUCUGGAUAUUUUCAAACUAGAAGCACAAGCACAGAAUAGAAGGCUAAAAAUGGACGAAGUGGUUAAGCUAGUGGUUAACGACAGUCAAACUACAGUGUAUGACCUGGUGCUGACGACCUUCAACAAUUGUAUGGACAUCAGAGUAGUGGACGCAAUUUGUGACGAGUUGUUCUCCGCCAAGAAGAGAGCACAGCAAAAUACUGCAGCAGUGAACUUAGACACAAUUAUAGAAGCAAAUGCUUAAUUUUUUGCUUUUGUAAAUGUGUAAAAUUAUAGAAUAGUUGGUUGACCUUAUAAUUACUGAGCGCAAUCAGUGAAUUUAUGGUCGAAACAAUUUUAAAGGCGAUAGACAGUUUCUUGUGUUAGUACAUGAAGCAAAACGCUUCGAAAUUGGUCAAUUGCUCUAUGAAGUUAAUGUGUCUGUGAAGUUUAGUAAACUCUAUCAUUGACGCCUAAUUGUUCGAAAAAAUAGCAGUGAUCUCGCAUUCUAUGAAAAAGUGUUCCAGUAAUCCAGUUUACAGCAAGAUUUUGUAGAUCACCAAAAAUGCCGUAGUAAUCUGGCAUUAAUUAUGAAUCUGAAUUAUUCGAUUCUGUUGCCUAGAAAAUUUUCAUAAACCUAGAUCAACCAGAACUCAGAUUAUAGUUCCUAUAGAUGGAGUUGAAUGUGUUAACAUUACCAACCAACUUCAUUUGAAGUUUUUGAAAUUGAGUGCAAAUCAUUUUUAAAUUUUGCUUUUAUCGGCUAGUCUUUACGAUAGUAUAUAAUACUUGGUUUAUGUUUCUAUCAGUAAGAGUUAUCUCGCAUCCAAUUUUGAUUAUUUAUCGAAAUUUCUAUUUAAUUUUCUAUCAUGAUAUUUAUGAUUCUUUCGAUCAUUCUAAAAAGCGCAGGAAGCAGUGCUAAUUUUGCAGUAUUUAGUAAUUUAAAUUUAAAUUUGUAGUGAAAAGCAAGGCUUGUUAUGAUUAAAAUACUAGAUUUUCAAUGUUU